CCCUGUCUGUGGCUCUGACGAGGACUAGUCAUCCCCUGUAAAUGGAUACGAUACUGAACUAUAGGUCAGAGGGCACGGAGGACUACUACGCCCUACUGGGAUGCGAUGAGCUCUCCUCGGUAAGCAGGAUUGCGCAUUCUCCCCAGGUUGAGCAAAUCUUGGCAGAAUUUAAGGUCAGAGCUCUGGAAUGUCACCCUGACAAGCAUCCGGAUAACUCCAAAGCUGUGGAGACGUUUCAGAACUUGCAGAAGGCAAAGGAGAUUCUGACCAAUGCAGAGAGCCGAGCCCGCUAUGACCAUUGGCGAAGGAGCCAGAUGUCUAUGCCAUUUGAGCAAUGGGACGCUUUGGCCGACUCAGUGAAAACUUCAAUGCACUGGGCUGUCAGAAGUAAAAAAGACUUGAUGCUGGAAGGAACAGACCAGACUUAUACCAGCACAGUUAAAAACAAGGAACGGAAUGAGCAGAGAGAAAACAAGAAAGGAGAGCCAGAUUCAAGCACAGAGAAAAUGAGGCAAAAGGAAUGUGGAUCCCCAGAGAAGGCCAUCUCCCCACAAAACCCAGGCUCUCCAGGUCUCUCAGAUUUGAACUGUGCCCACCUUCGUUUCCGCUGGUCUGGUGAUGCUCCCUCAGAUCUCCUGAGGAAGUUCCGAAACUAUGAACUCUGAAAUGUUGCUGCUCUGUGACAGAGAGGCAAGGCAGUCGUCUGUGCUGCCAAUGUGCAACUUUUGUACACGUCUUAAAAAUGUGUUUAUGAGUUGCUCAGGACGGUCAGAUCCUCCAUCCUUGAACCCAUUCUCAGAUGUGUUUUAUUUUAUUUUGUGCUGAGGAUUGAACCCAGGAUCCCCUGUACUCUCUGUACCAUUGACUCUUACCCACUGCCCUGAAUAUGUUGUGUAAGUGAGAAAAUUGUUAUAAACCUAGUUUCUUUCAAUUUUUGAGUAAACUCAGACUCUUAGAUCCAAGUGGUUUGUGUUAUAUGUGUCUUCCUACUAAUGUUGUUUGUAGAUAUCUGUUAAAAAUCAUUCCCUGUUGGUGUACUGUGAUCUCUAGCCAUGCUAGACAUAUGAAAUGUCUUGUGGAUUUUGGCUUAAAAUGAAAUAUAGAAAUGAUUUGUCUGAAUUUCGUAGACUGAAAUAAACAAUUUCCCCAAAGUUCAUAAA